UGAGGCCGCUGGGCUGAACAGAGUGUUUUCACCUCCUCCCACUGUCGAGGAGGGCGGUCUUAAUACAUUUCUGCCCGCCCUCAUCACCCACCUGCUAGUGGCCCCCAGACUGCGCAGCAUUAGACCGACCGAGAAGAAGUUCUCUCACGUGGCCAUGGCAGCAGUCCCGCGCUUCCUGCCUCUCUUGGGGCUAAGAAGCCUUUGCUGGCGCCCCGGUGGACUUGGAAAGGGGAGCGUGCCUAGAAAGUUCAGCGCAGCGGCACCUCCGCGGCGGCUGGAGCUGCGGGGCAUCUACCCACCCCUGGCCACUCCCUUCACCUCGCAAGGCGAAGUGGAUUACAUCCGGUUGGAAGAGAACGUGCGCCUUUACGCCGGGCUUCCCUUCCGAGGUGUUGUGGUGCAGGGUUCCAAUGGGGAAGCUCCCUACUUGACACAGCAGGAACGCCUGGAAGUGGUAAGACGGGUGCGCCAAGCUAUGCCCAAGGAAAAGUUGCUGCUUGCUGGGUCCGGAUGUGAAUCAACUCAGGGCACCAUUGAGAUGACGGUGCAAGUGGCAGAUAAGGGGGCUGAUGCGGCUCUUGUGGUGACUCCUUGCUACUUCCGGGGAAGCAUGACCAGUGCUGCCUUGAUCCAUCAUUACACACAGGUGGCUGAAGCUUCUCCGGUCCCCGUGAUACUCUACAGCGUCCCAGCCAACACGGCUUUAGAGCUGCCCAGUGAUGUGGUGCUCACCCUAGCGCAGCACCCCAACAUUGUGGGGAUCAAGGACAGUGGUGGCAAUAUCACGCGCAUAGGGCUGCUUGUCCACAAGACCCAGCAGGAGGACUUCCAAGUGCUGGCGGGAUCAGCUGGUUUUCUGCUGGCCAGUUACAUUGUCGGUGCCACUGGAGGGGUCUGUGCCCUUGCCAAUGUGCUUGGUGCUCCUCUCUGUCAGCUUGAGCAACUGUGCCAUGCUGGAAGCUGGGACGAGGCCAGGAAAUUGCAGCAUCGACUCAUUGAGCCAAAUCUUGCGGUGACGAGCAAGUUUGGGGUCCCAGGGCUCAAGCAGGCAAUGGAGUGGUUUGGUUACCAUGGAGGCCUCUGUCGUGCUCCCUUACUCUCGUUAAGCGAAGCACAAGUGAUGGAGCUGCGCCAGGAUUUCAGCUCCAAUGGAUGGUUGUGAAGGACAAAGCCGUUCCAAGCAAUGGCUGGAACCUUGAGAUAGCCAGUAGGCCUGUUUAGUUAGGCAUCCAUUUUCAGAGUACUUGCAGCUUAGUAAAAUACAGCUCAUUUAACCUACAUUUUAUUAAUUGGCAUGUUUGAAAAUCUGAGCAUGGAACUAACAGUGAAAUGGAUGAAUAAAGAACCUAGAAUUGAACUCCAAA